AUGGAAAACUCAACUAGAAAGAGUAUGCGAAUUCAACAACAAGACAGCCUUAGUAAGUCAGUUUCAAUUGAAGAUCAAAGAUUGGAUAACAAUGAUGUGGAUAACGGAUCCAAUCAUCAAGGUAGUGCGUCAACUAACUCUGGCGCAUCUACUAAAGUUACAGUGGAAAGUCAGCAACAAAUGCUCGUUGCCAUGCAAAAGCAGAUCAAUGCCCUGAGUAACCAGCUGCGAGGUACCCAGGUAAAGUUGAAGGAAAGUGAACGCCAGUGUGAACUUCUGAAGUCCACGAUACGCGUAGAGGACGGAUCAAGGUCAAAUUCCAUUGCGACCUCAGUGGAUCCCGUUGUAGAUACCGCUAUACAACCUGCAGCAGUCUCAACGCAGACAACAGCGAACUCGCAGAAUAGUUCGAACAAUUCUAUGCAGUCUACGUCAACGUAUACAGCCGCCACGCAUACGUAUACUCAGUGCCCUUACGAAGGUACUACACCGCCGAUCUUCACAGCCACCGCCUCUUCGAUAGGUACUAUGCCUUCAACUUCAUUACAGUCGCAGCCAUUUAUUAACGUUACACCAGACAGUUCAUAUCUGCUUACACUACCGAGAAAAAUUCAAGAUUUGCCAGAUUUCGACGGACGCGCAGAAGACUGGCCUAUGUUCGCCGCCGCCUUUGCACAGUCAACUGCAUCAUACAAUUACUCGAAUUUUGAAAACAAUCAACGUCUACAAAGAUGUUUAAAGGGUGAGGCUAGAGAGACAGUGCACUCACUCCUAAUCCAUCCGGAUAACGUUCCUGCCGUUAUGGACACUUUGCGAUUUCGAUUCGGUCGUCCAGAAUUACUUAUCAAAUGUCAGCUGCGCCAAGUACGGGAGAUGCCAUACAUAUCAGAAUCCGCCAUCGACAAAAUGAUUCCUUUCUCAGUCAAAGUAAAAAACCUAGCCGUGUUCCUACAAUCAGUAAAUGGUCAGCAGCACUUGUGUAACCCAACGUUGUUGGAGGAGCUUGUGGGUAAGCUACCCAUGAGCAAGAAACUCGAUUGGGCAAAAACCUCAUCGAUGAUACAGCCAUAUCCUACAAUCAAAGAUUUCAGUACUUGGCUUAGUGGAGUGGCCGAUCUAAUAUGCACAGUACAAGAUAGUGGGCGGACUCAUUCGACCGAACCAAAGCGCCGCGUUCUUCUUCAAACCGCAAACAACGCCAGAGAAAUCCUAUGUCCACUGUGCCAUGUUGGACACCACAUCUUCGAUUGUGACACGUUCAAGUCGCUAAGCAUCCGUGACAGAUGGAGCAAAGCCAAGCUCCUUCGCUUAUGUUUCUCUUGUCUUCAGGGUGGUCAUACCACAAGAGAUUGUCGCCGACGGAAAACCUGCAGAACGAACGGUUGUCAAAGAGUACAUAACAAACUGUUACACGAGCCACCGAGGAGCUUGUCAAAGAUGCAACGGGUUGAGAUUCCAUCUAGACCAACCACAGCCGAUGCAGUACUCAGUUGUACAGACAGUGGAAUGAAAAAACAAAAAGUGUUGUUUAGAAUAGUUCCAGUUACAGUGCAUAGCCACAAAGCUCGUAUCAAGACCUUCGCUCUACUGGAUGAAGGAUCAUCGAUAACUAUGGCCGAUUCUUCUUUGAUUGAGCAGCUCGGAGUAAAGGGUCACCAAAGCCGAGUAUCCUUACAAUGGUUGGGUGGAAGAGCUGCUACUGAUAAUGCAACUAUCGUCGACAUCGAGAUUAGUGGUUCCAGUUCAGGCCAGAAAUAUAAGUUGCAUCAUGUCUACGGCAUCCAGGAUUUACAACUUCCGAUACAAAGUUUACAGAAAGCUGACGUAGAUGAAGCUUGCUUGAAAAGGUUGUCGAUUCAAACAUACGACAACGCCGUUCCAAAGUUGCUUAUUGGAUUAGACCACAGUCACUUGGGAAUCCCUAGUGAAAUCGAAACCCUACAAUAUAAGGGUCCUUAUGCCGCACGUACUAAGUUAGGUUGGGUCGUCUUCGGGCCGACUGAUAACUUUAAUCAAGGGAAGACGUCGUGUUUGCAUAUGUCCGUCUCGGAAGAUAAAUAUCUGCAUGAUGUGGUGGCCGAUUACUUUAGUGUCGAGAGCUUCGGUGUACGUCCAGCACCACUCGUCGAGCCCGAUGAUGAUAAAAGAGCGCGCCAGAUACUCGAGUCCUCGGUCACGAAGGUUAACGGACGUUUCCAAGCCGGUCUCCUGUGGAAACGAGAUGAUGUUCAGCUCCCCGACAGCUACUCCAUGGCCGAGAGAAGAUUGGUCGGAAUCGAGCGUAAGAUGAGACGAGACGAAACAUUUGCCCGAGAGUAUCGUGCUAUCAUUCGGGAUUACGUAAAUAAAAAUUAUGCCAGAAGGUUGAGCCCGGAAGAAGCUGCAAUUACUUGUCCAAGAACGUGGUACCUUCCACACUUCGGUGUGAUGAAUGUCAAUAAGCCUGGUAAACUGCGCCUAGUGUUUGAUGCCGCCGCAACCGUCAACGGUUGUUCACUAAACAGUUACCUGCUAAAGGGUCCUCAACAAUAUCAACCAAUGCCGACAGUACUUUUUAAUUUUCGUGUUGGCGCAAUUGCCAUCGCCGCCGAUAUUAAAGAGAUGUUUCACCAAAUUUCUAUAAGAGAAGAAGAUAGAAGUGCCCAAAGGUUUCUUUGGAGGGACGGUAACGACAAGAUUCGUCCGGACGUAUACGAAAUGCUGGUGAUGACAUUUGGAGCCGCAUGCUCGCCUUGCACGGCCCAGUAUGUCAAAAAUAUUAACGCACUUGAGUACCGCGAAAGCUGUCCAAGAGCCUACGACUCUAUCACAAAGCAUCACUAUGUUGAUGACUUCGUGGAUAGUUUCGACAACGUUAAAGAAGCCAUUGAAGUAGCCAAUGAAGUCAGACGUAUUCACAAGAAUGCCGGGUUUGAACUACGCAACUUUUCUUCGAAUUCCCUAGAAGCCAAAAUCGCACUGAAUGGUUAUAAACCGGAACAACUGACAAAUAGCCUAGUCACAUUAGCAGUAGAACGCGUUCUUGGAAUGUAUUGGCAACCAAGUAGCGACGUAUUUAGUUACACACUCAAAUUUAAUAACGUGGACGCUGAAGUCAUCAGUGGACACAAACGGCCGUCGAAAAGGGAGCUACUAAGCAUAGUCAUGUCAGUAUUUGAUCCGCUUGGGUUUUUAUCCAAAUUUAUGGUCAACGCAAAAUUGUUGGUGCGCGAAUCGUGGCGUUACGAAUUGCGGUGGGAUGAGCCUCUGCCUGAACCUAUAUGUAAAGAGUGGGACAAGUGGCGCCGUCAGUUGAAAAAUGUAUUGAAUUUUCGAGUCCCUCGCCACUAUUUUGCCCGUGGACCACCUGCCGAAGUGCAACUUCACAUCUUCGUAGAUGCCAGUGAGGAUGUAUUUGCAGCUGUAGCCUACUGGAGAGCAACGUAUACAGAUAACAAAGUUUGCGUCGUACUCGUAUGUGCCAAAACGAGGUGUGCUCCGCUGAAACCAAUGACUAUUCCACGCCUUGAAUUGCAGGCAGCCGUCUUAGGAACUCGACUGCUAGAGACUAUCGCCAAAGAUCAUUCAGUUGCAAUCAAAAAACGCGUGAUGUGGAGCGAUUCCAAAACAGUUCUGAGUUGGAUUAAAUCGGGAACACGUCGCUACAAGCCAUUCGUAGCACAUCGUGUGGCAGAAAUUCUCGCCGCUACCGACGCUAACGACUGGCGUUGGAUACCGUCAGAAGAGAACGUCGCUGAUGAGGCCACAAGACCAAGCACGACAUUCGACAGUCAUCCGGCUUCACGAUGGCUAAAUGGACCGUCAUUUUUAACGGAAGAAGAAGAAGCUUGGCCUACAUUUGAAGGAAUACCUGAUCUGUUAGAAGAGAGUGAAGAGCUUCGCCCGAAAAUUGUAAUGUUAGCCACGCCGUCAUGUGUUAUAGACAUGACAAGAUUUUCAAGUUUAACUAAGCUAAAGCGAACGGUCGCCUGGGUCAUCCGAUUUAUAGAUUUGUGUCGUCACAAGAAAGUGGAAGAGUGCCUGACCGCCGAGGAAUUGAAAGUAGCCGAAAUUUUCUUAUGCCGACUUGCCCAAUCUGCCUCGUACUCACUUGAGAUUAAUCAAUUGAAAGAAGGUGGAAAUAAGGUGUUAUGCGUGUUAGCGGACGUAUCGAUGCUGCCAGCUGGCUUCCGUAUGAUACCACGCGACCUAUUAUCCUAG